AUGCUACUUCGCAGAACUGGGGAGAUGACCACCCCCACACUCCCGCGAGUGACGUUUAAACUGGCCGGGGGACUUGGUGGAAAGGGAAGUGGAGAACAGCUCGGUCACACCGAAAGGACCCUUCGUCUCCUUGCAGUGAUGCGACUGGAAGGCUUCGGGGGUGCUGGCAUGGCUUUGGUGGGCCAAGAGAUCAGUCAUUGGAAAUUUGAUGCGAAGGCGUUCAUGCCGAAACGCGUCAAUGCAGAGAUUUCAAGGCGUUACGACAUCGACAAGAAUGAGAUCGGAUCUGGUGGCUAUGGUAAGGUCUUCAUUGGCCGCGACAGGAACAUGAGGGACAGACUUGUAGCCAUCAAGAAGGUGAUCAUCUUUGAAGACGCAAAGAAAAAGGCGUUUUUGCAGGAGGCCCAAAUCAUGAAGGAUUUGGACCAUCCCAAUAUCUGUAAGCUCUUGGAGACCUACGAACAGGGCCGUGCCUUGGAGAUAUGGAGUUUGGUAUGGCUGGUGUGUUGCCAACAUUAUUUUUGUUUGCGUUUUUUUCAAUCCAUUGCUAGCUGGGAUGAUGAUCCAAAUGACCAUUAUGAUAUAUGA